AUUUACUUUUAUGACUCUGCCAGUGUAGUGCGAACAAGAAGAAUCGCAGCUGACCUAAAUGCUGGUCGGUUUGUGAUAUUUUGAUUACGCUUCCGAGGUACACGCUAUCAAGUGCCGGUUUUUGAGCAUACUCUAUCUGUUUUUCCGUUAAAACUGCGGAUCAUGCGAUCCAAACCGCGCGUCUUGGUGACGCAUCACCAAGUGCAACCGGUAGCACUGGCCCUGCUCCGCCAGUAUUGCGACGUGAUUGUUCCUGCCGCACAGUUCCCAACCAGGGCGGAGAUACUCAGUCUUUGCGCUAACAUCGAUGGUUUACUGUGGACCAGCUACAAGAUGAAGCUCGAUCGUCAAGUCCUGGAUGCGUGUGGUUCCCAGCUGAAAGUGGUUUCGCUCACGAUGAACGGCGUCGAUUGUGUGGAUACGCGCGAGUUGGCCAAACGUGGCAUUCCAUUGGGACACACGCCAUCCAUACCGAACGGGGCCGUUGCCGACAUUGCCAUCGGGUUAAUGAUUGCCGCCAGUACGGGUUUCCUAGCGUUUGAGGAUUCUUCGGAAUUUAGAACCGAACAUCCAAUUGAAGGAUCCACAGUCGGUAUCGUUGGGCUGGGUGGAAUAGGACUGCUCGUAGCCCGAAGGCUACAAGGAUUUAACGUGGACAGCCUACUUUACUGUGGUCACUCGGCAAAGGAACAGGCGGCGCAGCAACUAAACGCGCAGUUCGUGACGAAGGAGGAACUGCUGCGAUGCUCGGACUUCGUGUUCAUCUGUUGUCCUUUAACGGUGGAGACGGUCGGUAUGUUUGAUCGUGAUGCCUUCGCCAGCAUGCGACCGAAUGCGGUACUCAUCAAUGUGGCCCGUGGAGCGAUCGUCGAUGAGCUGGCCCUGAUUGCUGCCUUGAAGAGCGGACAAAUUAGAGCAGCUGGUUUGGACACUGUUACCACGGAGCCGGUACCUCUCGAUAGUGAGCUCUUUCAUCUGCCGAACUGUGUAAUGGUUCCUCAUCUGGGUACGGCAACAAAGAAGACGCGAGAUGCAAUGGCUGUUCGGGCAGUGGAAAACUUGCUGGCUGGACUACGUGGUGAAUCAAUGCCGUCACAGUUUAUGUCUUUCAACUACUGACCGAU